UUCAACCUCCGGCGCCUUCAUGGUCACCUCUGCCGUUGUCGAUCUCCGUCGUCAUCCUCGACACCGUUGCCUUCCAUUUUGUUCCUUCUCAUCGAUUUCCAAAAGAAAGAGAGAGGAAUACGGUAGAUUGAGUGAGAGAUCGGGGAGGCUGACGAAAAGCCAUCGUCUUUGGACUUUGGUUUGUGAUCAAGGAUUGUUUCGAUUCUAUCUUCCCCCUUUCUUCGUUUCCCUAUAUCAAUUUCUUUGGACUUUCUUCGUUUAUUGCAGAGGAAGAAAGGGAAUGAAUCUGCUGGACCUCCUUCGUUUAUUGCAGAGGAAAAAAGGAAAUGAAUCUGCUCGACUUCCUUCUUUUAUUGCAGAGGAAGAAUGGGAAUGAAUUUGCAGAGAAGCUAGAGAGCUCUCUGUUGCUUAUAGAUUUUUGUUAGAAAUAAAUACUCAACGAAAUAUGAAUUUAAC